CAAUUUAUAACUUGUGUCCUUAAUGUUCAAAUAAUUGUAUCAUGUAUAUUUAUUUUCCAACAAUCUUUUUCUUAUUUUUGCAUCCAGUGGCAGCAGUUAAUCCUCAAGGAUUCACAAUUAAAGAACCAAAAUGCUGGUAUGUGGCAAACCCUGGACCCUGUGAUGACUUUGUAAAAGUCUGGGGCUACGAUUAUUUGACUAAUCGUUGCAUUUUCUUCUACUAUGGAGGCUGUGGUGGAAAUCCAAAUCGAUUUUAUACGAAAGAGGAAUGCUUGAAAACAUGCCGGGUGUACAGACCUCCAAAUCGAAAGAAAAGGGAAGAAAAUUUGGACGAAGAAGAGGAAGAAGAGUUUGAGGAAGAUAUUGACAACUGGGACAAAUGGGACAGUGAAUGGGACAGGAUGGAGCUAUGACCAUAUCAAUAGUAAGGGUAUUCAAGACCCGCCAUGCUGGAAUAGACAUUGGCUUCAAGUUAACUUUUGAUUCGUUGUGCAAACGCAUAAUUUCAGUUUGAAAGAAAGAACUUCC